UGCUGAGGAGUAAACGGACGAGACGGACUCUCUCUCUCUCUCUCUUUCUUCUCUCUCUCUUUUUACACCCCCCACCCGCCCCAGUUCACCUUCGAGUGAGCCUGGAAUGGACUACAGAAGCUCUCCAAACAACUUGGACGCACUUUGCGGGACUCGCUGGCGUUUAAAAAUCGUCUCCUCGCUUCCUUAACACCCUCCCUUCCCAAGUCAGCAGAAUGGCUGAAAAUGAGCCCGAAUCUCCCGGACAAUUUAAGACAUUAUUAUUAUUAUUAUUGUUUUAGCCCAAAGUAUUUUUUUUUCGGAAUAGCUGAGCUAUCCGAAAGGACAAUUUCUCAUCCAAACUUUCCCUUUUGUGGAUAAUGGAUGGCAGAGAUUUUGGAGCUCCCCGAUCCGUCCACGUCCCUCCCCCGUUGUUGGCGGGGCUCGCCGUGGAGUCUCACCGACUCGGGGCUGCAGGAGCAGCCGGGAGGAUCCCUCCCUCCCCCGGCCACUUGGCCGCGGCGCACCCGCCGCCUCUCCAUUCCGGAAAAUUCUUACCAUCCGCCAUGAACCUGCACGCGCACCACGGUGAUGGCUUCUCAACAGGAUCCAAUCCUUUCCUGGCUGGUUAUCCAUGCCCCUCCCCCUUGACCUCUGACCCCUCAUACAGAUCCGCCAAUCCCGGCGGUUUGCCGAUGGCGCAGCUCUGGGCAUCGCACGCUCACGAAGGCUACUCUCUUCCUGGCAGCCUGUACUCAAGCCCUUACCUAUCAUUGGGGCACUUGGACCCUCCCUCAAUCUCCCAAAAUCACCUUUAUGACUCUCAUAAAGAGGGCUUUUUCCUGCCAGCUGGUCUUAGCCAGUCACCCCUCCACCCUCCAUCUGCUCCUCAAAGCACACUGUCGAGCUCAACGCCGCCCCAAAAGGCAUCCCGAGACGGGGGCAGAGAAAGGUCCUAUCGGGGAGAACGGGACAGAGAUCGAGAGCGAUCGCGAGAGGAGCUGCGGCCGCACAGCGUGGUGGACCUCACGCUGGAUGGGAGGAGCGAGGAGGACCGCCGGGGGCGGCCUGGGGAUAAGGAGCGAGAGAAAGAGAGGGAAAGAGAGACAGAGAGAGAUGGAUGGUCCCUACAUCCUCACCACCAUCAACAGAAAUCAAGCUCUCAGCCCUCCACAGGGGAUCCCAGGUCAAGGCCGUCACCUGCGCUCGCCUCGUUCCCUUCGAGUGCGGGCGGAGGCACGGGCAGGCUCCUUGGACACGAAACGGACCGAGGGAGUCGGGAGGGGGAGGUGGGCUCAAGGGGCAACCAUCACCCCAACGGUAACGCUAAUAACUCAAACCUGCUGACGGCCUCUCACUCGGAACGACAAAGGCGGAGUGACUCCACGCCAGCAGGGACACUCCACUUCUCCUACGCCCUUCCUGCUUCCCUGCAGCCCUCCAUCACUACUGUGCCCCUCCCUCACCCGCUCAGAGAGUCCACGAGAGAGCAAAGAGUCAGCGCGCCGACAUAUGUACCUUCUGUGGAGGUUUACGACGAGCGGGUCGGCCCCAUCCAGAUCGCGUCGCAGGCCCGCGACAAGCACGGUGACAAAUACAGAGAGCGAGAGAAUGAUAAAGAGCUGGAACGGGAAAGUUAUAGAUUUCCUGAGAGGGGCUUGUUAGAGCAUCCUCGACUCUCCCAGCCCGGCGACCCAAGCAAUCAUCGAGAGGAAGGUUCCGUAAUUUGUUCCAGCGGUUCCGUCGGCAAACGAAACCAGGACACCUCUCACUAUUCCAAUCAAUCAAGGUUCAGCCCGGAAGCCCGGGACAUGUCCAAGCACUCGAGCCGUCUGGGCUUAGAGCGGCCCGGGGUAGACAGAAAUUGGAAUUCCAUCAGUCCUUUGACCAACUACGCUACCAGUCAGAUGGCCGCCCUCGCCGCCCAACACGGGCACACGCACUCUUCGCCACACAGCCAGACGUCGCACAAACAAAAUCCCCAUUCCUCGCAUACGGCGAACCGGGCCAGCGGUACCUCGAACUCACACAGGCAUUCCCCGCAAACGUACCCCAACGAGCACGGACAGAGCCGCACGAGCGAGGAAGGCGGCCAGAGACUCUACUUGGACCCGUCCGCCCUUUACCGACCGGGAGUGUCCUCCGGGGGGGAGAGAGCCGCCGGGCCCUCGGAGGUGUCAGCCAUGCAGAGUCUCAUUAAAUACAGUGGGAAUUUUGCCGCCGAGGGGAGCGCCCCCUCCUCCAGGCUCACCGCAGACGCCCGGGGGCCCUUCGGCGGUUUGGCCAGUAUCGGGAUGGACGCUGAUCGAGAGAGGGAGCGCGAAAAGGAGAGAGAGAGGUCAGUCGUUGCUUCGAGUGCUUCUGGGUCACUGAGGGCGCCCCCCCAGCUGAAACGGGAGCAGGAUCGGCCCGACAGCGCCCGCUCCUUCGGUCGGGAGGUUGAGGGAGAGGUGCGCCACCCUCCAGUCGGCAUUGCUGUCGCUGUGGCCCGGCAGAGGGAGAGCACGAGCAGCAAGCAGACCCCCGGAUCCGCGGACCCUCAGAGAGCCCUGCUGCCGACAGCAAUUAAAGAUGAAGAACGAGGUGAAGAGCACGCUCGUCAUCAUGAAGACCGAAUGCUCGCAGGCCGACUUGAACGUGAUGACAAAAUGCUCAGAGACCCCAAAGAGCUUCCCGACUUCACCCGGUUGCACCCUCCCCUGCUUUCAAGCAGCUUGACGCCCGGGAUGAUGACAACCAGCCUCAUGACCCCCAACCUUAUGGUGACAGGAGGGGCUGGGCGAUGGCAUCCUGACCCCUCAACUCUGACCUCUCACCCGUGGCUGCCUCGGCCUGGAGCCCCUCCAGUUUGGCUCUCCAGCUCACCAUACGGCUUGAGCUCGUCCCCCCUUCACCAGACGCUCCCCCCUGGCUACCCACCGUCCCUGCCGGGCUCCAUACCGCCUCCCUACCAGUUUGUCAGAGACUCACAGACCGGAAAGCUCAUAGUCAUCCCGACAGAACACCUGCCACAUUACGGAGGAGAAGUGUUGGAGCGCGGGACCCCUGUGUGGCCCGGGGUAUACGGCACGGGCGCAUCCCUGCAGCACGCGGCCCAGCUUCAGCUCCUCUCCCAGCAGCAGAUGCUCCGACAACAAGAGCUGCUUAUGAUACAGCAGCAUACGGCGCAGGUUCUGGAGCUGCAGAGGAAUGCGCAGCUCGUUGAGCAUUUAAAGGCCAGCGAGCACCUGCCAGACAGGGACGACAAAGCCGACAAGCAGAACGCCGACCCGAAACCCCGGCCGACCUCAACAUCUUCCCCCGCGCCCUCGCCCGUCCUCCAGCCCCGCAAGCCCCCCGCUUCGUCUCGCUCGCCGACGCCCUCGACGUCCUCCCUCACCCCGCUGCCGCCGCCGCCCUCUCCGGUGAUCAACCUCAAGUCAGAGGAAGCAAGGCCGAGGGUGUUGUCCCACCCGCCCGGGCCCCUGCCGCACCCGCCCUCCCCGUGUUCGGCCUCGCCGCCUCCUUCUUCUCCCCGGCUGCCGAAACACGAGUCUGCGGAUGACGGACAGGCGGAAAGGGUGGAGCGGAGAGACGGCCACAAGGCUGCUUUGCAAGGCAUUUACUCAGAACUCUCACCUGGUUACCCUUACCAUUCGGCCACUACUCCUUUUGGGGCGCCUGUACCAGCUUAUCAUAGCCCAACAAACACAGACUCUCUUCCGCGGCACCACUCCCGCACUUUGGACUUGAGUACCUCCUUGACGUCGGCCCACCUCCAUCCGAGGCGGCCGGACGCCGACAUGAAAUUACAGCAACCGACGACAAAGAAUGAGUCAUUCCUGAAAGAGGAACCUGUCGUGGAAAAGCACCGGUCGAAUUUGACGCCAGAACCAGUGGUUCCUCUCCUGAGUAGCUGCAGUCCGGUCGGAGCGCGACAGAAUAGGCAGGACGAAAGGGGCUCGUUGCACCUUCAGCCGAUACACGUACAGCUUCCCAGUCCUCCACCACAGCAGAGCCAGAGAGUGGAUGAAACCAGGUUAGAAGAAAAGGAAGGACCAAUCAAAACAGAGGUGCAAUCAUGUCCAUGUCGAGAAGGAUAUCCUUUGUCGCUCGAUGGGGCUGAGCCUGAAGCGCCGGUUGAUGAGGAUCCAGAGCAAAUGCAAUAUCCCUCGUCCAUCACAGCAGAUCCGGAGAGCCGGCAAUCCGUUAAGCCGGGCGCCAAUGCGAUGUGUGAAUCCCAACAAUCACCACCGCCAAAGCAGCACACUCCAAGUCAAAAGGAAACCCGCCAAAUCCCAGACACCUCCGAGUCGUCACUCCCUCAGAUCGCCGGUUCUGAAGAUCCCAUGGCGGGGAUGCUCGCUCUGCUCGCAGCCAGCGAAAUGUCUCAGCCGUACGCCCUCAGCCACGCGGCGUCAACGCUCAACCAGUUGACUGCAAACUCUGCAGACUGCGCCGGCGCCGGUCCUCUGGAGAUGGUGGCGCUGGAAGGCAUGGCUCUGCUCAGCCAAAUGGCCCAGCGGGAAAUGGAGAACAUCAGCAUGGAGCAGGAUUUGGCAAUGGAGGGUUUGGAUUGUCUUGUCGAGGCGAGCCGGCAGAUUCUACUGGAAGCCAUAGAGAAACAGUCCCACAUUGAUCUGCCCCGAACACUCGAUCCCAACAGGAAGUACAGCUGGAGGCAGAGGAAGGAGGAGCCGCUCUAUAGCAAAAUGUCCAUGGACAUGUUGGACGCGGUGGAGGUGGAAUAUCGCAUUCGCCUGGCUGAGCUGCAGAAAACGUAUAAAGAAAAGCAGAGAGAGAUGAGCAAGCUGCAGAGACGCAGAGACAAGCACGAGCGGCAGCAGCAGGACGACGAUCGGCGGAAUCUAACUCGGCGCGGCAGAGGUCGACCCAGGAAGAGAAAACACUUGUCCACGCCUCCCAAACUGGACUGCAGGCCUGCAAAGGUGGGGAGGACGUUGCAAUACUCGGAGGACUCUGAAACUGGGGAAGGACACAGGAAAAGGUUUCGGGUGGAUGAGGAGAUGGAGAUGGGAAGUUUGGGGUUGAAGAUAAAAAAGAAGAAAAAGAACAGGGGCUGGAAAGACCAAGAUCCAUCCAGCAGUCAUGGUUAUCAGGGGCCAAAGGUGAAACGCGGCCACGUGUGCGAGCAGGAGCAGCUGGCGUCCGACCUCGACCGAGCGCUUUCGCUCUCGCGGCUCGACCCCAUGGGCGCCUCUCGCAGAAUUGCUUCCAGCUUUAAAGGGGAGCGGCCGAGGGGCAAGACCGCCGAGGGCCAAUCGAAGGAGCGAAGCGUCCAUGCGGCGUCCAAAGGCAAAUACAAGUUGGCCGCCAAGGCAUCGGAGGCCCUGCGGAAGGUGAAAGGUCAGAAGAAGAGUGCUUUUUUCUCCCCAAUGAGAUCAGAGCUCAGCAGCUGCUCGAACAACUCUGAUUCCGAGGGUCACAAUUCUGCAAGAGGGGGCUGGCCCUCUCUCUCGGGGACACGGUCCCACGGAAACCUGACCCGGAAGAGACUCGCUGCGUUGUCGCCGACCGACGUGCCGGGCGGCGCCAAGUUGCAGAAGAAGAAGAAGAAAAAGAAGAAACGCAAGCACUUAUCUCUGCUGCUGGAGGAAGCGGCGCUGAGCUCGUCCGACGACUCGUUCGAUCAAGAAUCUUCCGACGGCGAUUACGAAGAUGACUACAACGGGGAGUCGGAUUGGGAAGACGGCGGGUGCGAGGAAAGCGGCCUGGGCCUGUUGGCCAGGUUCGCGGCCAGCGCGCUCCCAGUCAGCUCCGCCCCUUUGAGUCUUCUCCCCGAUGGCAAAUACCACAGCCGGUUAAGCACUCUAGGUUCAUCGGAGUGCGAGUGGUCCGACUCGGGUUCAGACUUGCGCCUGAGGAAAUUCCCCUCGCUCCUGCACGGCAAACGCUCCGCGCCGGAACUCCCCCUUUUGCCGCCGGCCACCCGCCGCACCGAGCAGUGCAGCCCGAGCAAGCGCGAUGAAACGCUGGCCGUGAAACGCAAGGCGCUACCCGUCACGCGCAGGCCCUCGCCUCGGCCCCAGCGGCGGUUCAGCUUCGAUCUGCCGACCGCCUCCGGCCUGGGCGGCUUCAGCGAGGAUGAAGCGUGGAACCGGCGACGCAGCGAGCGGAUCUUCCUCCACGACGCCACGGCCUCGGCCAACCAGAUGUCGUCCUUGUCCGGCGCCGCUCAGAGCUCAGCCUCCACCUCGGCCCCGCCGCUCACCUCCAAGCCCAUCUCCAGACCCAAACAGUGCCCCCCCAACAGAGAUGCAGUGAAAAAGAAGAAGACGAAGGAGUCCCCCUCUCUUCCUGUGAGCCCGUCCCCACUUAGUAGUCCAAUGAGAGACGGCGGCGCGGCUCUGAGCCUCAGCCCGGCACGCAAGAGCCAAUCCAAAGCCAAGACCAAGACCCGCGAGCAGUCCAGAGGAGCAGUGAGCCGGCUGAUGGAGAGCAUGGCGGCCGACGAGGACUUCGAGCCCAAUCAGGACAGCAGCUUCAGCGAGGACGAGCUCCUGCCGGGCCGCAGCAACAGCGCGCCCGAGACGUCCUCCGCACCCGCGCCGGUGCAGUGCGUGUUGGACAAAGACUCUCUGGCGGACGGACUUCGAGUCUUGAUCCCGAUGGAUGACCAACUUCUGUACGCGGGACACGUCAACACAGUACACUCACCUGAUAUCUACAGCGUGGUGGUGGAGGGCGAGAGAGGGAACCGGCCGCACAUCUACUGCUUGGAGCAACUGCUGCAGGAGGCCAUCAUCGACGUGAAGCCCCCGUCGGUGCGCUACCUCCCCGAGGGCACCCGCAUCGCUGCCUACUGGAGUCAGCAGUACCGCUGCCUUUAUCCCGGCACGGUCGUCAACGGAAGUUCCGACAUCGACGACAACGACGAUCUCAUCACUGUGGAGUUUGACGACGGCGACACAGGACGCAUCCCCCUCUCCCACAUCCGCCUGCUGCCUCCGGACUACAAGAUCCACUGCGCUGAACCGUCCCCCGCACUUCUGGUGGCCAGUUGCUCCCGCAGGAGGGUGCGCAAAUGCAGCAAGGAGGGCAAAGAGGCCAAGGCCGAUGAAAGUGCUCCAAAGGUCAAGGGGAAACCUGGUCGCAAGCCCAAACCCAAACCAGAAAUCUCCUUGAGCCCUGACUGCAAGGAGAAAACAGAGUCUCCGUCUUCCACCCAGGCUGCAGACAAAUCCCAGGAUUUGGCCAAAUCAGCCCAGGAGCGGGCCUCGUCAGUCAAGAAAGCAACUCAGGAGAAGCCCCGGCCUGCCGCACGGCCCGCAGUUGGGGGACAAGCAAAACCGGGACACAAGACUUCCAUCACGUCCACUUCAAGUAGUCCUACCUGCGCAAGACCCAGAAAGACAGCCUCAGCUCCUGUAGGGAAACCUAAAGCUAAGCAAUCUUCUUCACUCUAUCCAUCCACCUACGGAAAGGUCCUGACUGUGGACCUGUACAGCGAGCCCAAUCUGACCUCAUACAACGGCCAACGUAGAGAAAGAGAGAGCAGCAACAAUGUCAGUACAUCCAAUAGGCCGGUGUCCAGACCCAGCAUGACUGCAUUACCAAGUGCAGGAAAGCCCAGUCUGUCCUCAAAUCCCAGGUCCCCAUCUGGAUCCACAGCCAAAAGCAAACCCGCCUCGGACCGUCACGGCAGCUCCAGACCAGUCGGCUCUGUUCUCCUUCCCAGCCCAGUUUCGAGGCUGUCAGCGGGCAAAUCCAGCUCCUCGCUGAUUCCUAGACCGCCAUCAGCUACUCUCUCUGGGCCCAAACUGAAGAUGCCACCCGAACAGUUGUCAUCCAGGCCCAACUCCAUGUCCAGACUCAAGCCCGCCUCCAGGCACGGGGACAUGGGCGCGCCGAUGAAGCGGAAGCCCAUGGCCGCCGAGCCCCUCGUCAAGCUUGAUCACGAGGGUGUGACCUCGCCCAAAACUAAAAAGACCAAGGCUCUGAUGUUGCUAGAGGGCCAAAAUGUCAGACGGGAUCCCACCCCCAUGGCCGCAGCGGAACAGAAACUGCUCAAAUCCAAGCCGAGAGGUCCCGAGUGCGAGUCUGGCCUGCGCGACAAAGAAUCCGCAUACGCUGCACAAGUGCCGGCUAAAGAGAAAGGGCAGGAAUCCGAGGCCAGGGAGGAGAAAGGCAAAAAAGAGCAGAAGGAGGAGGACAGAAGGAAGGAGAGGAAGAUAAAGGAGGAGUCUCCAAGUAGCAGCAGCAGCAGCAGCAGCUCUGAGUCAGAAGAAGAAAGCGGCAAAGGCAAUGUCAAGAAGAAGAAGAAAUGCACCUCGAGCUGCUCCUCCUCCUCUUCGUCCUGCUCCGGCUCUUCCUCAUCCUCGUCGUCGUCUUCGUCUUCGUCAUCGUCCUCGUCCUCGACAGAUGACUCCUCCUGCAGCUCUGACGAAGAGAGGACCCCGACCCCUCCUCUGGGGCCCGUCUCUCCUUUGCCUGCGGCACAGGACAACAUGAAAGAGGAGCAGCGUGAGGAAGAGGUGGAUGUCAAGGAGGAGGCCGAUGGAAAAGAGGAGGAAGAGGAGGCGUCUCCUCUCUCCCAUUCUUGUCCCUCAACCCCUCCGACCCCCACUGCUCCGGUGAAAAUAGCCAAACCGGCCACCGGCAAGGGUUCCGGGCAAAGGGGGCGUCCUCCUAAACCGAAGCCCAGCGGAGGUGAGGGGAAGGUGGGGAGGCCGAAGCGAAAAGAGGGGGUCCACCUCCCCACCACAAAGGAGUUGGCCAAACGCCAGCGGCUUCCCAGUGUGGAGAACAGGCCUAAAAUUUCUGCAUUCCUUCCGGCCAGACAGCUGUGGAAGUGGUUCGGGAAGCCCACUCAGAGACGGGGGAUGAAGGGCAAGGCCAAGAAGCUCUUCUACAAGGCCAUCGUGCGUGGCCGAGAGAUGAUCCGCAUCGGCGACUGCGCCGUCUUCCUGUCCGCCGGAAGGCCCAACCUGCCCUUUAUUGGUCGCAUCCAGAGCAUGUGGGAGUCGUGGGGCAGCAACAUGGUGGUCAGGGUCAACUGGUUCUACCACCCGGAGGAGACCAACCCUGGCAAGAAACUGACGGACAAGAAGAACUGGGAACAAAUAUGUGGGCAGACUUUGCCAGCAGCUCUGCAUUCUUCUAUUCAACGAAAAGACUUCAUGGAGCGGGCCCUGUACCAGUCGUCGCACAGUGACGAAAACGACGUGCAGACCGUCAGUCACAAGUGUCUGGUGGUGGGCGUGGAGGAGUACGAGCAGAUGACUCACACGCGCCGCUACGCCGAAAGCGAGGACCUCUACUACCUGGCCGGCACCUACGAGCCCACCACGGGAAUGAUCUUCAACACGGACGGCGUUCCAGUCAUCUGCUAAGCGGGCAAAAAAAAAAAAAAAAGAGACACUAACCUGCUUGCGGUUCUCGCCGACCAAAUUGUGACCCUGACCAGCAGUCAAAACCCACCCGGUAAUAUUUUCCAAGUUCAUUACUGACGACUCGAUACACGGACGGUCCACUCCAGACAGUAUUAAAAGUACACACGUAGACACGAAUCAUUAUCAAAGACACGCAAACGCUCGGAUCGACUUUUCCGACCACGCUUGUGUAAAUACUCCCGUGUAACAGAAAGCUAUAUAGAGGCAAAUAUGAGUGUUUUAUUUUCACGUAAUAGAGUACUUUUUUUUUUUUCUCUCUCAAAGGUAAAACCGUCGAGAAGCUUUAACGAAAUGUGAACGACGACGCGAGGUUGUGAUGAUUUCCGAUGUUGCCGUGGUGAUGUUACAGUCGUGUCUUGAGUCAUUUCGAUGUAUCUAGAGAACAGCAGGAGCGACAGACGCAAAAGAGAGGAAGCGAUGCACAGAACGAUAAGAGAGAGGUGGACUCCCUCCAGUUUGCUGUCCAAGCAGAGAGCACUUAUAAUAAUCAAAUGGAAAAAUACUUUUGAAUGCAACCCCCCCCACAGGCCCCCGCGACAAUCCAAACUCGGGCAGGUUACACUGUCUCAAACUCCACCCCCACGCCCACCCCCAACCCCACCAUCCCCGAUGGACACUCAGGCAGAAGAGAGACAAAGUAGAUUUGUAAAUAUACUUUUUAAAAGCACUUCCCCGAAAAGCCAAAUCCUCCCUGAAAUUGGUUCGAAGCGGUCGCCGAGUCUCAGCAAAGAAAGCAAAAAGCAAUAGAUUUUUGUCCGCGUUCUGGGAAACGUGGAAUACAGAAUAAACGGGCACCCUCCCGAAAGGAUUGCACAAACGGGGGGCGCGGCAUGGAUUCCCCCACCCCCCCCACACUUUUUCUCCCCCAGGUUGUAAACGCAUCAUCAACCUGUACGUGUUUAAUGUACCUAUAUAUAUAUAUAUAUAUAUAUAUAUAUAUAUAUAUAUAUUUUUUUUAAUCAUGCAUUCAUCCUUUGCCCCCUUUCAAGCACAUUUGGGCCUCUACUUAGUGUUUACCGCAAGAGCGCACUUUCAACAAGUUUUUGACUGAGGGGGCGGGGUCAAGGUAUUUUUAACUGGAAUUUUUAUCAUAGCCCCCUGACCCCAUUCCCCCCCCCCACUCACCCACCCACACAAGUAUUGUACCCAUUUCCACACUUUGAUUUUUCCCCCAUCCCACUUUUCAACGUGCCUAUUUUGACCGUUUUUUUUUUUUUUUUUUUUUUUUUUUUUUUUUAAGAGUUCAGCUGCUGAAUGUUGUGCCGAGGAAUAACCGGUGGCCGUAAUUUCCCGGCCAGGCCUUAUCGCCAUAACGAUAAGGAUUUGUGCCAAAUUGUUAAGAUUACACCCAUCACGGCCCCCUUUUGUGGUGGCCAAACAGGAAACCGUUAUCUAUAUUUGUGUUGUUAGCGCCUGUAUCGGAAGAUUAUGCUAAGAUUCUGGUUCCGUUGACCAUCUUUAAAGUUUUUGUUACCGUUUCCAGUCGAAAACCAGAAGUCGCGUGUAAAAGUGCGCGUUUGUUAAAAUACGGGAACGUUUUGAUCAUAUGCUGCUAGUUUUGUUCAUAUUUGCGGUUUGACAAGGUACAGCGAGGUGACCCCCAUUCGAGAAUGCGGGUCACACUGAAUGAACACACCAAGCAACAAGAAGUGCCCGUUAUGAAUGUUUGCUAAAAGCACUUUUCUUAUGAUUGUGUGAGAGUGAGUCAGAGGGAACGCUCUCAUCCGCACACUCAACACACACACACACACACACACACACACACACAUACGUGUUCAUAUUGUAACCCUCUUGGGUAUGUUAAGGCCUUCCAGUCUCUCUUGGGGCCCCCCGCCUUCAUCCAAAUCCCAGCCUUACAGGGUCCAACAUGCGCGCCCUCAUUCCCCAACGUGUCCUUUUUUUAUCCGCCAUCAUGUUGUUAUUUUGUGUUAUCGCUUAGUGUGUGUGCGUUUUUCUUUGCCUUGCUUUUGCUGUGACCUUUUUGUUGUUGUUGUUGUUGUGUACAUUAUUUGCAUACGUCUUAUUUUUAUCCCCCUGAACAAUCGUUCGCGCCUGCUGACAGGCACUGGGAGCUAGCUGCUAGAAAGCAAGAGAGCGAGAGAGAGAGAGAGAGAGAAAGA